GGGCUUCUUCAUUAUUAUUGGGCGGCCCAUGAACAGGCCACAAAGACGACGCUCAUUAGCAUUUAGCACAAAGUGGCUUCUUCUUCCUCGUUGUAAAAUCUUAAAACCCUUCCUUUCACUGUCCUUCCGCAAUGAGACUCCUCCAAUCCAUUUACGGUCACCACAGAUCACUCGGCCGAGCCCUGAGCCGCCGGUUCUUGAGUGCUUCAACGGAGGAGUACGCCAGGAGAAACUACGCGAACAACGUCUCGGAGUACAACUCCGUUGUUUCAUCUCUGACUGCUCAGAGAAGGCAUUACUUGUUGAGAGACGCUUAUGAUGAUAUGAUACUGGACGGCGUGCAGCCUACGCGCGAUGUUUUUCAUUCGCUAAUUUUAGGGACUAUGAAAGGCAGCCGCUUACAGGACGCUGUUUUCUUUAAAGAUCAAAUGAAAGCUGGUGGUUUACUUCCUGAUGUAUCUUUGUACAACUUUUUGAUAUCAACCUGUGGGAAAUGUAAGAAUUCUGAACAGGCAAUUCGGAUCUUUGAAGAAAUGAAGAACGAUCAAGUUAAGCCGAAUGGCCAAACGUAUGUUUGUUUACUUAAUGCAUGUGCAGCAGCUGGCCGAAUAGAUCGAGUGUAUGCAAUUGUUCGUGAUAUGACUGCAGCUGGUGCUGGGUUAAAUAAGUUCUGCUAUGCUGGACUUAUAGCCGCACAUAUGAAUAAGAAACCACAAACAGAUGCUACAACCGCCGCCAAAAUUAUUGAGUUUGUAGAAGCAUCAAAGGGUUGGUCAUCUGUUGAAGCAUCAAGUACCAAUGCAGAAAAUGUAAUGAUGGGUGUUUCUGAAGAAGAAUUGUACAAUUUACCUACAGCUGAUUAUGUGCACAGACGAGGAUUUGUGAAUAGGCAACUAACUGUAUAUCAUUUUGCAUUUCAUGCUUGUGCUGAGCUUAGAAAUGUAGAGGCAAUGGAAACACUUUUGGAGAUGCUAAAGAAGGAAGGAAAAGUUCCUGAUGCCUUUAUUGUGAUGCAGACAAUGAGGUGCUAUCUGCAUUCUGGAGACAUUGAUCGUGGUCAUAAAACUUUUGAAGACUAUAUAAAUUCAGGGAAGCCUCCUGUGGCGGAACUAUAUGUGACACUUGUAGAGGGAGCCAUGGUUGGGUAUACUCCCAGGGGCAUGCAACUUGCUCAGGACACAUUGGUAAACAUGAAUUCUAAGAACUACUUCUUGAACCCUAAAAUGGGAAGUGAUCUCCUCCUUGCAGCAUCUGGUGAGAAGACGGGUGGAUAUACCACUGCCAAUUACAUUUGGGACCUCAUGCAAGCUCGCAAAAUUCCUCUAUUAUAUCCUGCGGUGGAAGCAUAUUAUAAUGGCUUGAAAGAACGAGAGGUACCUGAAAAUGAUCCAAGGCUGCUAUUAGUUGCUCGUACCUAUGACGAUUUACGUUCAAGAUUUGGAGGGUUUGGACGGCAGACACAGUAGUUGCCUGAGAUACAAGGAAAAACUCAGUUGGAGCCUCCAACGUGGUUUGUCAUGAACAGUUUUGCAUUGCCAAGCCAUAAUGUCAAUCUCAAUUCAACAAAAUUUUGAUGAUAACUAAAUCCAACGCACCUAUUACGAGAAAUUUUGAAAUCUUUAUUUGUUAUUAUUUUUACAUAAUUAAGGGCUAGGUUUGUAUUAAAUCGACCAAACAUGUGGUUCCUGAUUGACUAGAAGUGAUAUUUAGUGUGUUUGGAUAACUAAUUCUUAUUCAGUGAAGUUGUUGCUAAGAAUUUUUUGAGGUCUUGGAAAUAACAAAAGUCCUCUCGUUGGAGUUUUAGCUUA